AUGAAGACAAGGAUAAGGAUUAAGAAGAGUAGUAUUUUGAAAAUGACUGCAAUGAUGGCUGAUGGACAAGUUACCAAGGUUGAUUCCAUAAAAGUGCAGAGUGAGAAUGAUCUUUGUGGGUACGCUAGUUACAUAUAUUUAACUUGGGAUGAUUUUGAAGUAGUUCUUACAAUGAAUGAGCUGACCGAUGCUGUCAUUGUGUCUUAUAUGAUGAAGGUGUUGUUCAACAAAAUGAAGUAUGGCCCCCCAAAAAGAGAUCAUAGAAUUUGCUUUGUGAACCUGGCUGUAAUCUCGCCAAGUAUGCAUAAAGGGAAAUCUAAGAAUAUUGACAAUGCAAGCAGAGGUUUAGCAGAUCGGUUGUCUAGUAAAAAGGGCAAUGACAUCAUCUUUAUGCCCUACAAUCUUGGAAGACAUUGGGUAUUGGGUGUACUAGACAUGAAAUCGGAUACUUGCUAUUAUCUUGAUUCCUUGAGUUCUAGCAAUUUCAAUAGGCAGUUGAAGCAAGUUGUUGAUUCGUAA